AUGGCCCCACCCAAGUCGGUCGCAGCGCAGCACAAGGGCAAGCUCGAAAAGGACGACCCGACCCUCCUCCCCUCGGACGACGACGACGACUCGGACUUUCACCUCUCGGACAACGAUGGAGCUGCCUCGGACUCGGGCGACGACUCGGGCGACGACAACGACGCCGCGCAACCAGCCGCAAAGCGCGCCAAGCUCGCAGACGACGCCAAACCAGCCCUCGACAAGGCCGCCGUCGACGACCUGUGGGCCGCCUUCAACGACCCGUCGGCUGCCGAGCCCUACGCUCCCUCGACGUCGACCGCGUCUACCACGGCCGGCGCUCCUUCAGCCUCGGGCGCAGCCGUUUCCUCCUCCUCGACCGCCAAGGGCAAGGGUCAAGUCGACGUCAAGGGCAAGGGCAAGCGCGCCGACGACGACCUCGUCGAGAUCGAGAUCGAGUACGGGUUCGCCGGCGAGUGGAUCAAGCAGAAAAAGCGUGUCCCGCGGUCGUCGGUCGAGGCGCAGGCCUACUUUGCGACGCACCCGCCGCCACCUUCGUCCUCUUCCGCCCAGCCCGCUCUCGGCUCCAGCUCUUCCUCUGCACCCCGAGACCCGACAUCGGCCUCGCUCGAUGCCCUGUUCGGCCCGUCCGCCGACGAGCCCGCCGUCGCCUCCUCCUCCUCGACCGCACCCACGCCCGCACCUGCACCUGCACCCGCCCCGGCGCCCGCGCCAAGCCGAGCGCCGCCGAAGCGCAAGGCGGGAGGCGGACUCGCCGGCAUGGCGGCGACGCUCGGCGUCGGCAAGAAGCCCGCCAAGCUCAACACGCUCGAGAAGAGCAAGCUCGACUGGGACAGCUACGUCUCGACGCAAGAAGGCCUGUCGGACACGCUCACUCACGCGCGCAAGGACGGCUACCUCGACAAGCGCGACUUUCUCGACCGCGUCGAGGGCGCAAAGGAGCGCCAGUGGGACGAGGCAAAGUCGAGGAGGCGGUGA